GUCGACGAAGCAGCCUAUGUUACCCCCCUGCUAAGCUAACCGUACAUACAGCGCACCAUACUCAACGCUGACCCCGUUGCUUAAUACCGCCUACUCCAUCGGAGGAGGAAGGCAGUUGCCCUCGAUCUCGCCAGCCUUCCCGGUUGCCACGCUCACAAAAUCCUCCACAACUUCAAAUUUCAAGCCCCUCUCUCUCCCCCUUCUAUACUCUUGCUUUUCCGCUGGUUCCAGGGGCGCGCGCGAUGGGCUUCUCCGUGGCCGACGCGGUCAUCCCGGCGUGCGCCGUGGUCGGCAUUGCCUUCGCGCUCUGGCAGUGGUUCCUCGUCGCCAAGGUGAAGGUGUCCGCCUACGCGCCGGCCGGCAACGGCGUACACGGGCGGCCAGUGUUCCGGACGGAGGACGAGGAGGACGCCGGUAUCGGCGGCGGUGGAGGCGGCGAGAGCGACGACGAGGAGGAUGGAGGCGACGGCCCGGCGGCCGUGGCCAGGUGCGCGGAGAUCCAGAACGCCAUUUCAGUCGGAGCAAACUCGUUCCUUUUCACCCAGUACAAGUACCUGGCGGCCUUCACGGUGAUCUUCGCCGUGGUCAUCUUCCUCUUCCUUGGGUCCGUGCACCGGUUCAGCACCGCCAGCCAGCCGUGCCAGUACACCAAGGGCAAGACGUGCAAGCCGGCGCUGGCCAACGCGGUGUUCACCACCAUGGCCUUCCUCCUGGGCGCCGUCACCUCCGUCGUGUCGGGCUUCCUCGGCAUGCGGAUUGCCACGUUCGCCAACGCGAGAACCACACUGGAGGCGCGCCGCGGCAUCGGCGCGGCCUUCGCCACGGCGUUCCGGUCGGGCGCCGUCAUGGGGUUCCUCCUGUCGUCCCUGGGCCUCCUGGUGCUCUACGUCGCCAUCAAGCUCUUUGGGCUCUACUACCACGACGACUGGGAGGGCCUGUACGAGUCCAUCACCGGCUACGGGCUCGGCGGCUCGUCCAUGGCGCUGUUCGGGAGGGUCGGCGGCGGCAUCUACACCAAGGCGGCGGACGUCGGCGCCGACCUCGUCGGGAAGGUGGAGCGGAACAUCCCCGAGGACGACCCGAGGAACCCCGCGGUGAUCGCGGACAAUGUGGGCGACAACGUCGGGGACAUCGCCGGGAUGGGCUCCGACCUGUUCGGGUCCUACGCCGAGUCCACCUGCGCGGCGCUGUUCGUGGCGUCGAUCUCGUCGUUCGGCGCCGACCACGACUUUGCGGCGGUGUGCUACCCCCUGCUGAUAAGCUCGGCGGGGCUUGUGGUCUGCCUGGUCACCACGCUCUUCGCCACCGAUUUCUUCAAGGUCAAGACCGUCCGCGGGGUCGCGCCAGCGCUGAAGCUUCAGCUCAUCAUCUCCACCGCGCUGAUGACCGUGGCGGCCCUCGUCGUCACCUUCGCCGCGCUCCCUGCCAAGUUCACCAUGUUCGAUUUCGGGGAGCAGAAACAGGUCAAGAACUGGCAUGUGUUCUUCUGCGUCGCCAUUGGGUUAUGGGCAGGUCUUGCCAUCGGCUUCACCACAGAGUACUUCACCAGUAAUGCUUACAGCCCUGUUCGGGACGUGGCCGACUCUUGCAGGACCGGCGCGGCGACCAACGUCAUCUUCGGGCUGGCGCUCGGCUACAAAUCCGUCAUCGUGCCCGUGUUAGCCAUCGCCUUGUCAAUCUACGUCAGCUUCACCCUGGCAUCGAUCUACGGCAUCGCCAUCGCCGCGCUCGGGAUGCUCAGCACCGUGGCCACCGGGCUGGCCAUCGACGCGUACGGCCCGAUCAGCGACAACGCCGGAGGCAUCGCGGAGAUGGCCGGCAUGAGCCGCAGGAUCCGGCAGCGGACGGACGCCCUCGACGCCGCGGGCAACACCACCGCGGCCAUCGGCAAGGGGUUCGCCAUCGGCUCGGCGGCGCUGGUGUCGCUGGCGCUGUUCGGCGCGUUCGUGAGCCGCGCGGGCGUCACGGUGAUCAACGUGCUGAGCCCCAAGGUGUUCGCGGGGAUGCUCGCCGGCGGGAUGCUCCCCUACUGGUUCUCGGCGAUGACGAUGAAGAGCGUGGGCAGCGCGGCGCUGAAGAUGGUGGAGGAGGUGCGGCGGCAGUUCAGCACCAUCCCGGGGCUGAUGGAGGGGCGCGCGACGCCGGACUACGCCAGCUGCGUGAGGAUCUCGACGGACGCGUCGCUGAGGGAGAUGAUGCCCCCGGGGGCGCUGGUGCUGCUGGCGCCCCUCGUCGUCGGCACAUUCUUCGGCGUCCACACGCUCGCCGGCCUGCUCGCCGGCGCGCUCGUGUCCGGCGUGCAGGUGGCCAUAUCUGCUUCCAACAGCGGGGGAGCCUGGGACAACGCCAAGAAGUACAUCGAGGCCGGUGCGUCGGAGCACGCCAAGUCCCUGGGUCCCAAGGGUUCGGAGGCGCACAAGGCCGCCGUGAUCGGUGACACCAUCGGGGACCCGCUCAAGGAUACGUCCGGGCCGUCGCUCAACAUCCUCAUCAAGCUCAUGGCCGUCGAGUCGCUGGUCUUCGCGCCAUUCUUCGCGGCUCAUGGAGGCCUCAUAAUCAAAUGAUUCACACAUUGCAGCAGGGAUAUACAUACAUGAAUGUCUGGUCUGAGAAUAUCAUGAUAGGAUUGAUAUGGAAUAUUAGAGACUUAGGUCAACCCCGAAAAAUGUUGUGACAUUAUUGCUUUUUUUUUUUUGCUAAAUGAAUUGUCUCGAAGUGGUUAGCUUGGUUGGCCUAGAGAGGAUAUUUGUUUAUUUCGCAUGGGACCCACAAGCCAGAGAGAGGACGUGGCAAUGACCAUGCUUCGCUAGAUGCCAUGCAGUCUAUUGGGCCAGUCAACGAAGUGCCAUACAAAUAGAAUACGGAGCUCUAUAGUGGGCCAAUGACGAAUCACCGUUUAUAUAUAAACAAUGACUGUAACGAGUGUAUUCUAAAGUUCAGUGACUCUAGUGUGCU